GGCCAACGAGAAUGAGAGGGGGAUUGCUCGUGGAACAUCACACGCCUGUUUAGAGAGAGAGAGAGAGAGAGAGAGGGUUUCUUAGGAGAAGCGCGCCUGUUCGAGUCUUCCUCCUUCCUCCCUUUCACAUUUCCAAUCUUCCCACCUUCGAAUUUUUCCAAUCUAGGAUGGUACCUCCUCAACCCUAAAAUCCCCACCAGAUCUCAUCCUCUUAACCCCCACAAUUCCCCUUCCUCUCCAUUGUGCUCCUACACUCUUCCUUCCUUCCUUCCUUCCUCUUUCUUGUCUCUGUCUCUGUCUUGCACUGCCCAACUCACUGCUUCAACGCCCGCCCUUCUGCGGUCGGCGCCUAAUUCGCGCGCCUCGAUCGUUCACUGACUGAUUUUUUGGACUCCCCGUGAGCGAUCCGAAGCCGAUGCCCGCCGGACAGGAUUAAGGAAGAACAUGACGUCGUAAUUAGUUCCAUAGGCCCUUCUCUUUCUCGGAUGGCAGAGAGGAAGCAGCGGGACUUGGAAGAGUUACACAGACUCACCUCUAAAAUCUCGAAACCGAAGUGUAGGAUUUGUGAUGACGAUCGUUUUCUUCAUGUUAGCUAAUUGAUGUUCGGCGUUAUGUUGGCGGUGUUUCUGAUUUUUUUUUUCGUUGGGGUUUGAUCUCUUCUAUUGAUCAUACCGAACGGAGUUCUUGGUUCAAUGAGUUGUUCGUUAUUUGGUUUAUUGAUCGUUUGGGUUGUUCCUGAUAUCGAUACUAAGUUAGUUGAAAGUGUAAUUCAGAGGGAUCCGUGCGGUGGAAGUGGAAGAUUAGCACGUAUUCGUGAAUGAGGGAUUAAUUAAGCUAGCUAAAGAAGGAUGGCGUUUCUACGGUGAUUACUCCAAUAUUACGGGGGGUUUAUCAUAUACAAGGACCAGUGGAUGAGUUAGAGCCUGAUAUUCAAGCAAGAAGCACCUCCCAUUGACAAUUCAUUGGGCAAGGACAGCCAUUUGUCUUCUGAAGCUGGAAGUCGUGAAGUGUGUCUUGCUCCAUGUUUCCCUGGUACACAUAAUCAUUUUCAAACUGUGUCGAAUGUUGAACUAGAGCCAGGGGACGGGAUGUCAGAUGAAAGUGGCCGAAGAAAGGCAGUUAAACAAGGUUCGUUUGGUAAUAAUAAAUCUAAGUUUGUUAAGAGCCAUGCAUGUGAUGACCAACCACAAACAAGUGAGACGAGCAACCUGGUUAGUGCUUGUUCAAGUCAUGAUUCCGCUUCUGAAAAUGCAGACGGCAAAGGAAGUGUAAGGGGGUGUGUUAAUUCGGACUCUUGUUUGUAUGAUGGAAGUAAGAUCAUGAUGUCUGAGGAGCAGGUUGAUGAUAAUCAUGGUGGUGGCAGUUCAAGAAGUGGGGUAAUUCAUGGAGUUCAUUCUGUGCAUAGGUUGGUCAAUGAGAGUUUUAAUCAUGUUUCCUUGUCUAAUUUAAAACCAACAAAGGCUCAUGCUGCAGUUAAGCUGGAUUCUGCAGAGAAAACAAAGAGUCUUACUGAUUCUGGUGGAGGUUCUCAUACACGAGGCAUUACCAGGUCUUCAAAAAGGCUAGGAGGUCUUGAAUCUGUUGAUACUGGUAAGGAUGUGCAAACACACUCAAAGGUUUUAGGCAGAGAAACCAGUGGGAAGGAUGGAUCUGUUUCUAAUUCUGCUUCAGAGUCCAACUCUUCACAAUCAAAUAGUACAUCCAAAUGUAGAAAUAGUUCUGCUAAAUGUCAUGAAAAUGCACCAAAUGGACAUGUGUGUACAUCAUCCCCACAUGAGAUAAAGGAAACGAAGCUUCAUCCUUCUCCUGAUAAAGGUGAUUCAAGGAGAUGCAGUGGAGGAAGUAACUUUGAAGAGGAACCCAUGCAUAUGGAGAAAAUUGGUGGUUCAUCAUUAAUUUCAAAAAAAGAUGUGCCAAAGACUUCUAAUGUUUAUGAAAAAAUGAGUUUACUGUGCCCGUCGCAAACUGUUAACGAAUCUAGUAGACCACCUGGGGUCAUUGAUGUUCCAAAGAAACAUGGUGAAAAUGAUGAUCUGUUAGGCCCACUUCCAGAUAAAAGUUCAAAUGUGGGCUCUAUGGAAAUGGCAGGUACAAUGCCCCUUCCCUCAAACGAAGCACAUAUUAGAACUGCUCAAGUUGCACAGAAUUCAGCCUCUCUCUCUAAGAAUGCAGGUGAACUUAUUGAAUCUGCAGUUGUACAAGUAGAACCUCCUUCAAUAUUAUUUCCAGUCAUAGCUAGUGGCACAAGUGGAACAAUAUCAACCUUCAAAGAUUCAUCUGUUAACCAUUUGACUGCUGAAAGUACUUCAGCUACUGUCGCCCAAAGGAAUCCAUCUGUUGGUUCAGCAGCAAAGAUCCACCCUUAUGCAGAAGCUGAACAUGACCAGGACCCAAAUGCUGUAAAUAUUUCUACUGAUCGAGAUGAUACUGCUGGCUUAUCAUCUCAACCUAAACAGAAAGAUUUGCCUGUGAGUGCUCAACUUGAAGGAUGCACCACCUCAUCCAGUGCAUCUGAGAAGCAGGGGAAAUUGCAAUUAUCACAGCCUUCAUCUGAGAGUGACCAUUCUGAGUCUGAUUUGGUUGAGGAUGAUGUGAAAGUUUGUGAUAUUUGUGGUGAUGCUGGUCGUGAAGAGCAGCUUGCUGUUUGUAGCAGAUGUAAUGAUGGUGCAGAGCACACUUACUGCAUGCAAGUAAUGCUGGACAAAGUUCCAGAGGGUGAAUGGCUUUGUGAGGAAUGCAAGUCUAAAGAGAAUGUUGAAAGCCAGAAAUCUGAUAAGUCUGAAACUAUAUUUCCAGCUUCAAGGCUGCCAAUCUUGAAGGAGAAAAAUAAAAUCUCUAAAGCGAGUGCAAUCUCCAAGAGCUUACCUAAGUUGGAUCUGAAGGUGCUGGAUUUGGACAUGAAGCAAGCCACAAAACCUGCAACACCAAGACUAGUUGAAGCAGAACCUGUUUCUGCAGCUAAAAGGCAAGCUUCUGAUAAAGGCAAUGGAUCACCAAAUUUGUGCAGUCCAAAUAGGAAACCUUCACUUUUGAGAGAAGGCUCCUUUAAGAACUUAGACACGGGCAAAGUAAAGCUUGGCCAUUCAGUAACUUCAUCUGCUGGUCAAUCUGCAAACCAUCCUGAGGAGAUUGGCACAUAUGGGUGUAACUCAAGGAUGCAAUCCAGAUUGCAGUCACCACGCAAUAAGUUUUCACCACUGAGCAAUUUGCCUCAUAAGUCUGCUCAAUUUAGUGAGGGUGGACAUUGUUCAAGUAUGGCUUCUACUUUGGUUUCUAAGGCUUCUACCCUAUCAAAGGGAUCAGAGGCUUCGUUAUCCAAUAUGACUACUUCACAAGGGGUAAAGCCAAAGCCCAAGGUUAAACAGGUGCUGGAUGAAGUUCCGCAGAAGCACCUGUUGGCUAGAAACUCUUCCUUUUGUGACAGGAGGAAGGAAGGACCAGUCAAAAUGCUUGGUAAAUCUGCGUCAUUCAAGUCCAAUACAAAUACUGUGAGCUUAAGUUUGGAUGAUAUGAAGUUAAAACUGCAAUCUCAGAAUUUACCUCAUGCUGAAGACUUGAAAAGCUUGAAGCAACUCAAUGAAGGAGCCAGUGUGAUUGGAAGGAAGAACUCUUUUAAGUUAGAUCAUCCCAUGAAUGGUUCAUCGCCAGCAGCGAGUACUGGGAAUCUCUAUCUUCCAAGGUCUGACACUAAAGCAUUGCAAUCUGAUGCCAAGACAAAAGCUGCCAGUGAUGCGGCCGUAGCCUCCAAGAAAGAUGCAGAAAAAACAAUAUCCUGUGGAAAUGGUAUCAGGAAAAGAUUGCUCUCUUGUCAUGGUGAAUAUGUGGCACCAAUAACCAAUGAGUUGGAUAAAAAGAAUGGAUUAGUUGAUGAAAAAACAAAAAUUGUGAAAUCUGUAGCUGUUGACACAUCAAUGGGAUCUGAAAACAUACUUGUCUCUGCUGGUAGUCAAGUGCAGAUUCAAACUCCUUCAUCUUUUGAUGACACUUCAGCUGUUGCUAAUUCUUCUGAAAACAAGAUGAUGGAACAGAAUCUGCAGCAAAGUGGUUCUAAGGAAGAUAAUCUGAUUGGUUCUCAUACGCCUGAUAAGUCACAUUCAAAUCCCUCAUAUACAGUACAAGAGGGUUUACUGCAAACAAGGGAUUCGAGCAACCUGGAAACAAGGUCCAAGGAGCUCUCCCCUUUUGUCCAAUCCAGGAAAUUUUUAGCUAAUGGUAGAAAAAUAAGAUGCUUCAAGUGCAAAGAAAUAGGCCAUAUUGCUCAGUUCUGCUCAAAUAAGGGAAAUGAUGCUGGCAUUAGUCCUCGUGCUUCUACUGCAUCUGCUGUGAGAGGUUCUAAAGAAAUGACAGGAAAAAGCAAAUGGGAUCAUGCUGUGGAGACUGGUUUGUCCCAGAAAACUAAGAAUGGUGAAGGUGAUAGGCUGUUUAUUCAUUCAAAUGAUGUAGUGUUACCUACCACAGAUCUAAACAAUGAUUUGGCUUCUAAAACUCCAGUACCAACAGGCCUAGGAGCAGUUUCUGUUGCCACAAACAGUGGAAGUGCUUUGUUAAUGGAGAAAGAUGGAAAAAAACUAGAACCUUGUUUCAGAGAGAUGCCAUUGCAGCCUUUUAGGAGUCAUGUGACAUGCUUUGCGAUUCCUGAACAUCAUUAUAUAUGGCAAGGCAGUUUUGAGGUACAGAGGAGUGGGAAGAUAGCUGAUUUUUGUGAUGGAGUUCAAGCACAUUUAUCAACAUGCGCGUCACCAAAAGUUGUUGAAGCAGCCAAUGGGUUUCCUUCUAGAGUGCAGCUGGAAGAAAUACCUCGUUUGAGUUUGUGGCCAGUUCAGUUUCAGGCCAAAUAUCCAACAGAGGAUAACAUUGCUCUCUACUUUUUUGCGAAGGAUGUUGAGAGUUAUGAAAGAGAUUACAAGAAGUUGGUGGAAAAUAUGCUGACAAAUGAUUUGGCUUUGAAAGCUAAUGUUGGCAGUGUGGAGCUUUUGAUAUUUACGUCUGAUCAGCUGCCUGACAACUCACAGCGCUGGAACAGGUUAUUUUUUCUCUGGGGUGUAUUCCGAGAAAGGAAAGUUGGUUGCUUAGAGCCUGUGAGCAGUUCUAUGGCAAAACCGUUUGGAGCUGACAGAGAUGUAUCAUCAUCGUCUAAGGAUUUUUCCUCCAUGAUAGCUGAAACUACAGUUGUAUCGAAGUUGAUACCUCCUGUAUGUCUGGGUGAGGAUUCGUCCUCUUACAGAACACCUGAAGCAUCUGAAGCAGCUGAGGCUACUACCUCUUUGAGUUUGCCAUCUUCAGUUGACCAGUUGUCAAACUUGUUUGGACACAAUGAGUCCAUCGAAGAAGAUGUACUCCCAUCAAAGAACCAGUCUUCAAGUAUGGCUCCAGACAUUAAUCCUAACAGUCAUCAGAUGGCUUGCCAGCUAUCUGCAAAUUCAUCAUCUAAAGCUCCCCAUAACGGCAGGCAAAGGCAAUCUGUCAUUUCUUUGAAGGAAGGAGACAGAGAUUCUCAGAUUAGGCAUGAUAUGGAUCAACCCUACCUGCGACGGAGCGAGAUACUGAAUGCCACUGAAAGUAGCAGGGCUUUGCCAGCUGUAUCCGAAAUGCAAGAACCUUCCUCUGAUUCUUCAAAAGAUGUCAAAGUUAUUUGCAAUAACCAGGAUCAAGAGCAACUGACAAAGGAAAUGCAAAUGGUUGCCAAAGGCAAAGAUGGUGAAUUGCAGGACAGCAUUGACAAAAACAAAGAUCAGCUUUUGGUUGAUUUGGGAGGACCGGAACCUGCAAUAAUUCCUAUUAAGAAAGAAAGCAGUGCCUUGGAUCUGAGAUCUAACUGUAAACGCCAACAUGUUUGCUUCUCAGGAAAAACCUUUAAAGCAUAUGAAAUAAAGCAUGAAGGAUCAAAUUGUGCAUCUAUAAAUGGAGAACAUGAAAGCAAGAGAAUAAAAAGGGGUAACAUGCUGAAUUCAUGUGGAAUUGAUCUUAACUCCACUUUUCCAGAAAAUGAGGAUAUCAAAGUAGAUCAUCACACUUUUGAUCAUGGGGAGGAAGCUGAAUCAUCAAAAACUGCAGAAAGAUGCUUUUUCUCUGUGGAUUUUGGGCACGUUCGAGAUCGUGAAGCAUGCAGCUCCAACUCUUGGCCAAGUUUCAAAAAUAAUAAUGAUGAAUCACUAAGGUCAGACAUCCCAAACCUUGAACUUGAAUUGGGUGCUGGAAAACAAGUGAAGAAAGGGCUGCUACCCUUAUUCCUUAACGUGCUUGAUGAAAAAAGCUGCAAAGACAGCCAUUCAGAUAAGGGAAUAGAUGGUGCAGAUGGUGGUGCAUCAUCUCUCUCGCUUUCACUUGCUUUUCCUGUUCCUGAGAAAGAGAAGUCUGAAAAUCCAGUCUCAGCAUCAGAAAAGGUUUUUGCAGAGCAGCCCCAUGUUAACACCCCGUUAUGGCUUUUUGGUGGUUGCAUGGAUUCAUAAGUUUUCUUUUGGGUCCACGUAUUUGGCACUGUAAAUUUUCAACAGCAUGGGUAUGGCUGGGAUCCUAAGCCAGAAGCAUACAUGUACGGGGUAGGCAAGCAUUCUGCUCAUAUUAAGAAGAGAAUGCCCCACACCACCUUGUUUCUUUUUUCAUCUGCUUGCUUACUUGUCUCGAAGGGUUGCAGAGUCACGGCUUUUGUAGAUAAAGAAAAGAGCAGGCCGCAGACUGAAGCCAGGAAGGACUCUCUGGAUAUUAGAUUCUGUAAGUCCUGAUUGAUUCACUUUGUCUUUUGCCUUCUGAUCAGUGUACAAAAAGUAUUUGUGCAGUCUGCCUUUUACUAGGAUUAGUCUCAGCUGAAGACCGUUGCUGUUUAAAGAUGAGAAUAGCCAUAGAUGCAUAUGUUCUUAUACUCUUAGGUUGAUCCUCUUUGUUUAGCUACAAUAUCAUAGUGGUACAUGUACAGAUUUCUCAUUGCAAUUGCAUAAUUUACCCAGAAAUGCUGCUUGCAGUCAGUUGCUCUAUUAUUAUCAUUCAUCAUUGCCUGUUCAAUGUCAGAAGCACUCGAAACUGGAAUUUUUGAUGAGCAUCCCUUUGACCAUAAAAAAGAGAUACAAUCGACUGGUUGACUUGGGUCGGCUCCAAGUGUUGCUAGCCCCAAAGGUGGUUAUGGUCGGUCUGAAACACAUUCAGUGCUACCUGUAGCUCGAUCCCAAUUUCAAGUGUACACUUUCCUACAAGAUGCACUGAUUACUCCUGUCUUCAUGAAAUUCAUGUACAAAAUUUUCUCCAGAGCAUGGACCACUUGGUUAGUUUUUGCUUUCAGCAUGUGCUCAGACAUUCCUCCCAGAACCGGAGGAUUGGUCUGGUCAGAGGGUGUACUUGGCUAUUAUAUCUAGCAUUUCUGGCUCAUAAAUUCAUGAGGUGAACGGUAGAUGCAGCGGCUCCUUUAUAUACUAGAACCUAAAUGUCAGUACUAACUUCAGAGAACCGGCAUGAUUGUAUUGCACGUUUUACAUGACUCUAGGCAACCGCAAAUAGCUUUGAAAGUCACUUUCUAUUGUGCACCAUGUAAUAUUUUUGAUCUGUUAAAAUUUUCGUGUAAAAUUGUAUUUGGAAGUUAUAUAUACUGCCAUGUUUCUCAUUUUCCUAACA